GCGGUUUCAUGAGACAUGUCCUCGUCUCUUCAACAAUGCUUAUAACACCCACACAUUUAUUCAAAAUGCUUUGAUAGCGAGUGGAAGGUGUUCGAUCAAUACAGUCAGGAGAUCAACAAACUAGCUUUAUUAUUGUUAAAAUCACCAAAUCCAGAGUAUACUACAACUUUUAAAAGAUGUGGGCCAAUCCUUGGCCAGCUGCUCAGAUGCAGCAAGUAUUCCAAGGGGUUCCCCAUGAACAGGUUGACUGGGCAGCACUAGCUAAACAAUGGAUACAACAGAAGGAAGCUGUUGGCACAGAUAACACCUCUGUACCUCCUCCGCCAAUACAACAUGGAGGCAUGCCACAGCAACCUCCCAUACCAAGCAUGAUGAUGCAUGUGCACUCUGGUCCUCCGCCACCUCCACCUGUAGGACCUUCCAAUGGAGGAGGUGGUGAUGAUAUGGAGUUAGAUGAAGGGGAUCAUGAAAAUGGACCCAACCAAGCCAGUAAUUUUAAUAAUUUUGGUGGACAAGGAAGUCAGCCUCAAGGCUGGGAAUGGGGAUUACAACAGAAUUGGAGUGUGCCCCCACCUAACUGGAACAUGCCACAACCACCUGUUGAAGAUGGAAAAAUUGAAUCGCAGACCUAUGAGUACAGUCAUGGUGGUGGGUUCCAGCAGUCGUUUGAUUACAAUCAUGGGGAGGAAAACUACGACUAUCAACAAGAUGGUAACCAGGGUGACUACCAGUCGUACUGGGGAUCUGAAGAUCAGGAAAACCAUGACAACCAAGGUUUCAUCAAUCGUCAAGGUCAUAACAGGUUCUCUCUGCCUCAGGGAGAAGAUAGUGGUAUAGAUGCAGCCAAGAGGAAAAAUUUGCCUGCUUGGAUAAGAGAAGGACUUGAAAAGAUGGAAAGGGAGAAAGUAAAGAAAAUGGAAAAAGAAAAGAGAGAGAAAGAACUCCAGGAAGCAAAAGAGGCUCGAGAACAGGCAGAGAAGGAAGCUGCUGCUGAGAUUCUGAAGGAGAGAGCAGGAGAGUCUGAUGGAGAACCAAGCAUGCCAAAGAAAAGCAGAUUUGAUUCUGAUAAUGAGGAGGAAGGAGAAAGACAGCACAGUCGGAGCAAGUCCAAGUCGCCAAAACCUGAAAUCAAACCAAAGAAGAGGAGUCCUUCACCUGAAGAAUUCAAAACUGAGGAGGAAAAACAACUAGAAAUGAUUAUGAAAACAAGGAAGAUGCUGACUGAGGUUUUAUUGGAGGUGACAACAUCAGAAAUGGAGGCUGUAGCUAAGGAAGUGUAUUAUAAGGAAAAGAACAGAGCUGCUAAAGCUCCGGCAAAGCAGCUAUCCAAGUCCACUGCUUUAGCAACCUUGACGGGUCUUGGUCUUGGUGGGUAUGGGACAGACAGUGACUCAGAUGCUGCAGAUGCUGAAAGUCCAGAUGAGGACGACUCUGACGUUGAGCUACAGGAGACCAUCCGACGUAAAAAGAGAGAUUUUGAAGAGCGAAGAAAGAGCCAGCCAAUAUAUGAGGAGGACGAAAUUGAACCAGAGACUCCAGCCUUUUUGAAAGAAGCAAUAUCUGAAAAGAAAGCAAGUUACCCUUUUGAGAACAAAUAUAAUGGAAUUCCUGGUUUGGAUGUGAAACAAGAGGAAGCUAGGGAUAUGGGGGAUGGGAGGGAGGGCAAAGUAAACCGAACAAAAAAGUCCUCAGACAAACAAAGGAAGUCAAGAAAAACUACUGACAUUUCUAGUUCAAGUUCUUCAAGUGGUAGUGAUAGUGAUUCUGAUUCUGGAAGUUCAAGUAGUUCUGUGUCCUCGGCCAGUUCCGGGUCAUCUAGUUCCCCUGAAGGGAAAAGUUCUCAUAAAAAGAAGUCUGCAUCCAAAAAGAAUGUAUCUAGUAAAUUAUCUGGUGUAGGUAAGGUAAGCCGAGUGGAUGACAGUAGUGUACCUGUGGACAAAGACAGGAGGAAAAGUCGAGAAGAGGAAAGUGUGAGGAAACGUAGGACUAGUAGACAGGACUCAAGAAAGUCUAGAGGGGAGGAGGACAGGGAUAGGCGAGAGGAAAGGUCACAUAGCCGGGAUGGGUACAGGGACGAUGGAGAGGGAAGUAGAGAUAAAUACAGGGAAGAUAGUGGAAGUCGGGAGAGAGAAUAUGACCGACGACGCAGUAGACAUAGUAGGGACCAGAGACGGCACAAAAGUAGGUCACGUUCAUAUGAUAGAGAUGACAGACGACAUAAAAGUAGGUCACGUUCAUAUGAUAGAGAAGAUAGACGUUAUAAAAGUAGGUCAAGAUCAUGGGAAAGGGAUCGGGAAAAAAGGAGGCGGAAGGAGAGGAGUGUAAGUAGGGAAAAAAAGGAAAGGGAUCGUGGGAGGUCACGAGAUAGGCAUGAUGAAUAUCGAAGUAGCAAAUCGAAGUCAAAAUCUAAGAAAAGGAAACGAUCUGUGACUGAUGAAGAUAGUGAUGGUUAUGCAAAGCACAGCAGCAGUAAGCACAAGAAAUCCUCUGGAAAGUAUUCAAGAAGAAGUGUAUCACAAGACUCUCGUUCUAGCAACAGGAGGGCUCGUAGGGAAAAGUAUGAGGAUGAUAAGUCUAGGAGAAGCAGCGGUAAGAAGUCCAGUCGCAAACAAAGGUCUAGAUCCAGAUCAAGGUCAUACUAAAUAGGAUAUACACAACGACGAAAUAAUGAAUUCAGUGGAUGGCAUGAAAUAGUGUAACAAGUUAAUAUUUUGUGUGCGGAGUAAUAACAGUUCAAUUCUUGGAGCACAUGUAAGACUAAAUCUAUUUAAGUACAAGUGAUGGAAGAUUUGGACAUCUUUACAUCUUUUAGUCCAUUGAUAAUUAUCUUCAAAUUUGAUGUAAACAUUUUAUACUGGAAUAAAAUUCCUUAUCACUA